AUGGCCAAGCGCAGCUCGCUGUCCAUCCGCAUCGUGGAGGGGAAGAACCUGCCCGCCAAGGACAUCACCGGUAGCAGCGACCCCUACUGCAUCGUGAAGGUGGACAACGAGCCUAUCAUCAGGACGGCCACGGUGUGGAAGACCCUGUCCCCCUUCUGGGGCGAGGAGUACCAGGUGCACCUGCCGCCCACCUUCCACUCGGUGGCCUUCUACGUCAUGGACGAGGAUGCCCUCAGCCGGGACGAUGUGAUCGGGAAGGUCUGCCUUACCAGGGACACGCUGGCCGCUCACCCUAAGGGUUUCAGCGGGUGGGCCCACCUGACUGAGGUCGACCCUGAUGAGGAGGUGCAGGGUGAGAUCCACCUGCGGCUGGAGGUGGUGCCGGGGACCCGGACCCGCCGGCUGCGCUGCUCUGUGCUGGAGGCCAGGGACCUCGCCCCCAAGGACCGGAAUGGCGCAUCUGACCCCUUUGUCCGAGUGCGAUACAAUGGCCGCACCCAGGAGACCUCGGUCGUGAAAAAGUCAUGCUACCCACGUUGGAAUGAGACGUUUGAGUUCGAGCUAGAGGAGGGGGCGGCGGAGGCACUGUGCGUGGAGGCCUGGGACUGGGACCUUGUCAGUCGCAACGACUUCCUGGGCAAAGUGAUGUUCAACGUGCAGAGACUGUGGGCGGCCCAGCGGGAGGAGGGCUGGUUCCGGCUGCAGCCUGGCCAGUCCAAGAGCCGGCGCGAAGAGGGCCACGUGGGCUCCUUGCAGCUGGAGGUGCGGCUGCGGGACGAGACGGUGCUGCCAUCCGGCUGCUACCAGCCCCUGGUGCAGCUGCUGUGCCGAGAGGUGAAGCUGGGUACCCAGAGCCCAGGGCAGCUGAUCUCACUCAUUGAGGAGAUGACCAGCACGGAGUACCGCCAGGAGGUGGCCACCACCCUGCUCAAGCUCUUCCUGGGGCAGGGACUGGCCAAAGACUUCCUGGACCUGCUCUUUCAGCUGGAGCUGAGCCGCACCAGUGAGGCCAACACCCUGUUCCGGAGCAACUCUCUGGCAUCCAAAUCCAUGGAGUCUUUUCUGAAGGUGGCAGGGAUGCGGUAUCUGCACGGAGUCCUAGGCCCCAUCAUUGACAGCGUAUUUGAGGAAAAGAAGUACGUGGAGCUGGAUCCCAGCAAGGUGGAAGUCAAGGAUGUAGGGUGCUCUGGACUGCACCGCCCGCAGACCGAGGCCGAGGUGCUGGAGCAGAGCGCACAGACACUGCGCGCCCACCUGGGGGCGCUGCUGAGCGCACUAAGCCGCUCGGUUCGCGCUUGCCCCGCCGUGGUCCGGGCCACCUUCCGCCAGCUCUUCCGGCGUGUGCGCGAGCGCUUCCCCAGCGCCCAGGACGAGAACGUGCCCUUCAUCGCCGUCACCAGCUUCCUGUGCCUGCGCUUCAUCUCUCCUGCCAUCCUGGCGCCCAAGCUCUUCCACCUGCGAGAGCGGCACGCGGACGCCCGCACCAGCCGCACCCUGCUCCUGCUGGCCAAGGCGGUCCAGAACGUGGGCAACAUGGACACGCCAGCUUCCAGGGCUAAGGAGGCUUGGAUGGAACCGCUGCAGCCCAUGGUGCGCCAGGGCGUGGCCCAGCUGAAGGACUUCAUUACCAAGCUGGUGGAUAUCCAGGAGAAAGACGAGCUGGACCUGCAGCGAGCCCUGAGCUUGCAGGCACCCCCGGUGAAGGAAGGGCCACUCUUCAUCCACAGGACCAAGAGCAAAGGCCCCCUCAUGUCCUCCUCCUUCAAGAAGCUCCACUUCUCCCUCACCACGGAGGCCCUCAGCUUUGCCAAGACCCCCAGCUCCAAGAAGAGCACCCUCAUCAAGCUCACCAACAUCCGGGCAGCAGAGAAAGUGGAGGAGAAGAGCUUCGGCAGCUCCCAUGUCAUGCAGGUCAUCUACACGGACGACUCGGGCAGGCUCCAGACUGCCUACCUGCAGUGCAAGUGUGUAAACGAGCUGAACCAGUGGCUGUCUGCGCUGAGGAAGGUCUGCAUCAACAACACUGGCCUGCUGGGCUCCUACCACCCUGGCGUCUUCCGCGGGGACAAAUGGAGCUGCUGCCACCAGAGGGACAAGACAGAUCUGGGCUGCGACAAGACGCGGUCUUGGGUGACCCUGCAGGAGUGGAAUGACCCUCUCGACCACGACCUGGAGGCUCAGCUCAUCUACCGGCACCUUCUGGGCGUGGAGGCCGCACUGCGGGAGAAGCACCGACAACUGAGUGUGGGCCCAGAGGCAGGCCACAGGCCGACGGGCCCUGGGGAAGCCCCUGAGGACCCGCUGGCCGAGCUGCUCCAGGUGCUCGGGUACCUCCAGGAGGCCCACAGGUCCAGCCCAGCCGGGUCGCCACCCUCGGAGCCGAGCCGUGUUCUGGAGCUGCAGACGUGA